AGCUGCCGGAGCCACGAGAGCAGGAGCCAACAUGAAGAUUGCUGGGAAGACUCUGUGUGUUUUUGUGCUGCUCACCAUCACCAAGGCUGCAAGAACAGCAGGGAUCAAAACAGUGUCAGUGACAGUAGGUAACGACUCUGUGCUCACCUGUCCUCCCAAUUCAAAUGUAACUAUGGUAACGUGGAAAAUAAUGCCCAAGGUCGGAGGUGCCUGUGCCUUGGGAUACAGGGCUGAUCAGAACAAGACAGACAGAACAAACUGCAGUGACAGCAUGAACUGGAAAUUCACACCAGAUUGCAAUCCUGCCCUUGAGAUACAGCAAGUGGAAAUAACUCAUGAGGGAAAAUACAUCUGUGAAGUUGUAACAACAGAUGGGAAUUUUGACAAGAAGUACCACCUGAUCGUGCUGGUCCCCCCGAGAUUGACCCUGUCCUGCGAUGUUGAAGGGAACCCUGUGUGUGAGGCAGCGGCAGGCAAGCCGGCUGCUCAGAUCUCCUGGGUCCCAGAGAGCAACUCCAGCCCCGAGAAUAAAAGCCAUGACAAUGAGACAGUGACUGUUCUCAGCAGGUUCACAGCAGAGAGCACCAACUUGACUAAUACAACCUGCAUUGUAUCCCACCUAGCUGGGAACCAGAGCAAGUCCAUAACCUGUCAUCCCUCAGAUAGCAGCAAUAACCUGCACAUCUACAUCCCUCUCUGUUUCCUGAGCAUUCUCGCCCUCCUGGCUGUCAUUUACUCUUUUAAGCUCCACAGUGAUAGACUGUGCCACAGAACUGAACCUCCUGAAACAGACCCUGUGCAUUUCCCAGAGGAUGACACAACAGAAGUGGAACCAUAUACUACUUAUGUGCAGAAGGAAAACACAGUUUACUGCUCAGUGUCUGACCUGACAUUGGGGCAGAAUAUUCUACAUGGACUGUCACCAGCAAGGUGAAUGAUUUGACAACACUGGAAAGGGAGAGAGACACUCUUUAUACAAUACUGAUUAUAGAAAGAGUCUUCUCAGAGGAUUUCUUCAGAUUCUGGGACAACAUAGCUUACUAGGUCUGUUCAAAAACCUCUGCUUGCUAAUGAGUCUGUAUAGUUCUUUCCUUUCUUCACUGGGGAAAGGAAAUGCAUUUUCAGUUAUUCCUUGGGAAAAGUGCCAUCAUUUUUCCUGGAAAGGCUGUUGUGAUCAGUCUUCUAUGUGUUGUUCUUGCCUCAGGGAUCCUAGUUUAGUCAGUCACUUCUAGGCAUUACUUUGAUGCACUUGACAUGAUGUUGCACAAAUAUGGGAGAUGAGAGGAAUGUUAGGUCUCAACUACAAUGAAACUCUCUUCAAUCAGCAGCCACUUCUGUCUAAUUCAAAAACUGCUAACAUAAUGGCCAGAGUACUGAUCAUCACAGAGCAGCUCAGAUGGAAGAAGAUAUUGGAAGGGAAAACCUUUAAUGCCCCGGUACUGAAAAUGGAGAGGAGUGAUGAAUUUAGGGCAUCCACUAAGAAAGAGACUUCACUAGAAUGAUUAAUUUAUGUGUUAGAUUCAUAUUCAGAAUUUCCACUGAAUGUGUUCAUUCUGUACUUCAGAGUAUUGUUAUGAUUACUUUCCCAUAAAACUCACAGAGAUAUGGUAUUCCUAUUAAAAGUAUUGUCAUUAAGAUACUGCGAAAGGAUUACGUUACUUAAGUCUGGCAAGCUACUUUCAACAGAAACAAACACCUCACAAAAUGAAAGAAGUUCAAAUAUAUCU